UCUGAAGAAACAAGAAAAAAACAUAGAAAGCAAUGAAGCAAAGGCCCCACGGAAUUUUGAACAAGCCGAGCUAAUUCAAUGUUUAAAGAAUUUGAAGAAUUAAAGUUUCCAACGCCGGAGAAGUGUCUCAUGAGAUGUCAGAGGAAGCCAAACAACUGAGUAACUCAAGAAAAUCGAGUACUCUGUGGAAGAAGUCCAAGAAAUCGAACACUUCAAAACAACCGAAGUGAGGAAAGUUAGAGAAACUAAGAGACCCGAGAGAGAUGAAGAGUCAGCGGAAGGGGAUAGAAACUAAGACAGGAUUUGCCAAACUUGUUUGGACACUGGUGAUGACCUUUAGGCCACCCUACUCGAUAAUCCAAGUUCAAUGAUAAUGGAAACAACAAUCGCAGUUACAGUCGAUUAUUCAUAGGAUCUAGCUGUAAGUACAUCUGAACUUUUAAUUAACCGAACCCGUCUUCCAGCUUCAAGAUGUGGAUCACCCUCCUGAUAUACAUUGUCACUUUCGCAAUUGCGAUUGUCGCGUACUUCAAAUGGUCUUUUGGUUACUGGAAGAAGCUGGGCGUUCCGUACCUGGAAUCGAGCAUCCCCUUCGGCACCAUGAAUAACCCGUUGACUUUAUCGGAGUCGAUUGCCGACAAUGUUGCUCGUCAGUACAAGGAGAGCAAGGCGUUGGGGUACAAGUAUGUGGGGCUGUACGGGCUGACGAUGCCACAAUUCAUGGUCAUCGACCCUGAACUACUCAAAUGCGUGAUGAUCAAGGACUUCCACCACUUCACCGACCGCGGCUUCUACUUCAACGAGAAAGACGAUCCCCUAAGCGCCCACUUGUUCACGCUGACCGGUCAAAAGUGGAGGAGACUAAGGGCGAAACUUACCCCGACGUUUACGUCGGCCAAAAUGAGGACGAUGAACGAGUUUGUAGUCGCCUGCGGGUACCAGCUCAGGGACGCUCUGGGAGUGAGGUGCACGCAGGGUCCUAUCGAGAUCAAGGAUCUUCUGGAGCGCUACACCACCAACAUCAUCGGAAGUUGCGCGUUUGGCAUCGAGUGCAACAGUUUCACGGAUCCUAACAACGAGUUCUGCAUGUGGACCAGGAAGCAGUUCCAUCCGACGGCGUUUCAGAACUUCAAGAUGUUCAUCUCCUUCAUGUUUCCUGGCUUCGCCGAGAUGAUACGCAUGAAGGUUGUCACCGAUGGUGUCACCAACUUCUUCAUGAAAACGGUCCGGGAGUCGAUAGCACUCAGACGAAAAACUGGGCAGGUGCGUAACGACUUUCUUCAAAUACUGAUCGGAUUGAUGGAGGAGAGCGACGGAAUGACACUGGAGGAGGUCGCCGCUCAGGCCUUCCUCUUUUUCCUCGCCGGCUUUGAAACGUCCUCGAGCACGAUGAGCUUCUGCCUCUACGAACUGUCUUUAAAUCCCGACAUCCAGCAAAGAGUACGCGAUGAGAUCAACGCGGUUCUCAAGAAGUACAACGGCGAGAUCACCUACGACAGCCUGAGGGAGCUGGAGUACAUGAGUUGCGUCAUCGAUGAGGUUUUGAGAAAGUACCCACCGGUGCCGAUUUUGAACCGGAAGUGCGUGUCGGACUACAAGCUCCCAAAUACCGACAUCACAAUCAAAAAGGGCGUUAACCUGGUAAUUCCACUGAUCGGAUUACAAAGAGAUCCCGACUACUUCCCCAAUCCGGAUAAGUUCGAUCCCGAAAGGUUCAACAAGAAAAACGUCGAGAAGGUCACGCCGUUUUCUUAUAUGCCGUUUGGGGAAGGACUUCGAAUUUGUCUAGGACUUCGAUUCGGUUUGAUGCAGACGAAGAUUGGCUUGCUACUCAUGUUGAAGAACUUCAAGUUCACGUUGAGCGACAAAACCGCGACGCCGAUAGAGCUCAAUCCAAUUUGCUUCGUUCUCUCCGUGCAAGGGGGAAUUUGGUUGAAUGCCGAAAAAGUUGCGCAAUGAGCGCAGUUUAUUAGCUUUAAGUCGUUACCAUAGAGAUGUGAACGUGUGGCUAAACUUUGGAUUUUGAAAUAUACCCGAACUGGUGCACAUU